UACAAAACAUAUAAAGUGUAAGCUUAGCUUAAGUAUUUUUAGUUGUAGCAACAUAAUUUGUAGUUGCCUUAUGUUUGCAUCUGGCAACUCUCUCUCUUCUUCCGCGAUCCAACCCGACGACAUUGUACGCGACCACUUAGUGUAACUUUAAUUGUUUAAAAAGUUAAUAAAACGUAAUUUAAAUUCAAAAAGCGCAUUUUGUUUUCUCCAUGCGCAAGUGGUCCUUCGAAAAAGUGAAAAAGUCGACCAGUGUUUCGAUAUUUCAGCAAAAGUGAGUUCGCGGCAAGUACGUCUGCGUGCUAGCCGGCCGUCUAUAACGGCUGGUAAAUUCGUCGUGGUUGUGCCUGGGCUGGCGCUGCUGGCCUGUAACUUCGUUCUAUCUAUAAUAGAACGAAAAUCGCACACGGAUGGGAGAGCAAAUCAUCAUCAAAAACCGCAAGUAACUCGGUAUAAGUCGAACUUUUCGACCACCGGCAUUCUCCAUUUUUCUAUACAAAGUGAAGUUUGUGCGAUCCGCAGCCAUCUUGCGGAACUUCGGAGCGGUUACUUGUCAUCUGUCAUUGGUGUCAUCUGUCACAUUGACAUUGACGUUCCAGACCAAAACAAAGUUUAUUAGUGUCUCGUGCGUUGUUUUUCAAGUGUUUGUGCAUUAAUUAUCAGUGAAAAAUGUCUACCGAAACGGAAACUUUAAAAAAACUACGAGUAAAGAGGUCUCAGUGUAAGGGAACAAUCACUAGAAUUGAGAAUUUUGUACAAGACCCCGUAAGUUUAGCUGCCGCGAGCGCCGACAUUCUUGAGGCGCGCAAGGAAAAGUUAAUUUCAACACUCAAAGAUUAUGAGAAGGUCCAGAUGGACAUACUAGGCAUCGAUGAAGGAGACAGCGAACAGGUGGGAGAUAUUGAAGAUAAAUAUUAUUCAAUAUUAGCCAAAAUUAAUAGUUCUCUUAAAAUGUUGAAUACCAAAGUAACUUCAGAGUGCCACAAUGCUUCUACUUGCAAGUUACCAACAAUUGAAAUACCAUUCUAUGAUGGCAAAGACUUCACCAAGUUUAAACCCUUUUUUGACUUGUUUUCUGCUGUAAUUGAUAACAAUAACUCAUUGAGUGAUGUGCAGAAACUUUUCUAUUUGAGAAAGUACUUGCAAGAAGAUGCAUUGGCAGUAAUAGUAAAUCUGCCUUUAGUAAAUGAAUCUUAUAAAGAAGCAAUACACUUGUUAAAAAGGAGAUUUGAUAACAAAGCUAGAUUAAUAGCAAAUCAUAUAAGUAUAUUGUUGGAUAUUCCUACAAUGCAAAAGGGCACAGCGGUCUCCAUACGAACAUUUGUUUCCCAAAUAAAUCAACAAAUCCAUGCUCUAAAAAAUUUAGAAGAACCCGUUGAUAAAUGGGACAUGCUUUUAAUUUCAAUCUUGACACGCAAAUUGGAUCAAUUUACAAAUCGGGCUUAUCAAUUAGACCGAGAUUUAGACACCAUGCCUACUAUGGCUAGUUUCAUUGAGUAUUUGGAGAAGCGUGCUAUAGCGCUUGAAGAUAGUCAACAAAAUAAACAUAGUACCUGCUAUGAAGGUACUAACAAACAUUUCAAUAUUAAAAGCACUUGCUAUGAAGGUGUUCAUAAAUCAAUACCUAAGGUAACAAAUGUGGUAUCGAAAUCGCUGCCGCCCUGUAGGUAUUGUGAAAAUAAAGACCAUCAGAUAUAUAACUGUCACAUAUUCAAAAUGCUACCUGUUGCUCAGAGGCAAUCUUAUGUAAAAGAGAAACACAUGUGUGAUGUGUGUCUUAACAAUCAUGAAGGGAAAUGUAAAUUUACAUUUAAAUGUAAAAUAUGUAAACAGGGCCACAACACAUUGCUGCACCAGGAGCGCAAUGUAAGUGUGGACAAGCCCACAAUUGUUGAUGUCAGCGCGCACCCACCAUCACCAGAUGCUGGGUUGCAUAAAAACUGAAAAUGGACCUGUAUUCCAGAAUACCAUGUUAGGAUAUAUUGUUGGAGGAAGUAUUCCUGAAAAAGGUAAUACAUGUAACAUUGUAACAAAUUUAGUUAAUAUAUCUGAUGGUGAAAAGUUGAUAAAUGUAAUGGAGCAAUUUUGGCUCUCUGAAAAACUUCCUGAAGUGGAAAAAUCCACAAAUGAUGAAUUUGCAAAGGCUGAAAAAAUAUUUCAGGAUUCUGUAUCAGUAAAAGACGAUAGAUUUUAUGUUGAUAUGCCUUUAGCUUUCCCGAUGGAAAACUUAAACUUGGGUGACUCAUUUUCAGUUGCCUAUAAUAGAUUCAUAAUGUUAGAAAAAAGGUUACAAAAAGAUCCUUUGCUGUUUGAACAAUAUAAAAAAUUUAUUGACCUAUAUCUGGAAUUAGGACAUGCAAGGACAGUUGAUAUUGAAAGUUAUGACUUAAAUGGUCCUGUGUUUUUUCUAGGACACCACUGCGUGUUUAAUCCCUCGAGUCGCACCUCACACCAUCGUGUGGUCUUUGACGGGUCGAUGAGAUCUAGAAAUGGGACAUCGUUGAAUCAAGUCAUGCUGAAUGGGCCUGUUGUACAGAGUGAGCUUUUUGAUAUUCUUAUUUUGUUCAGGACUUAUCCAUAUAUUUUAACAUGUGACAUUCAAAAAAUGUUUCGCAAUGUUUUUAUAAAUGAACAUCAACGCGGACUUCAAAACAUUUUAUGGCGCGAUUCGCCUAAAGACCCUAUCAACUGCUUGCAGCUCCAGACUGUUACAUACGGCUUGAAAUCAAGCACAUUUUUAGCUACAAGAGUUCUCAAUGAACUAGCAAAUAUGCAUAAGGAUCAGUUCCCUUUGGCCGCACAGGCAAUUUAUAAAAAUACAUUUGUUGAUGAUGUGCUGACUGGUGCUGAUGAUGUAGAGACGCUUCAGGAGCUGAAAAAUCAAAUUGUAGAGCUUCUAAAAUUAGGUAGUUUCUCAUUACAUAAAUGGUGCUCGAACGAUUCUUCACUAAUAGCUGAUAUACCAGUUGAGCACAGACAAAUUGACAGUGUGGAGAUCGGUCAAAAUGACACUGUGAAGACUCUAGGUCUCACACUCCAAAUUAAUUCUGAUAAAUUGACUUUCUCUUGCCCUGCAAUUGAUGAAGCAACAAUGCUCAACACAAAAAGAAAAAUUCUCAGUUUUAUAGGGAAAAUGUUUGACCCACUUGGUUUAAUAGGCCCAGUAAUUGUGGUGGCCAAGUUAUUCAUGCAAGAACUCCAUAGCUCUUUGCCUAAAGAUUGGGACUCUACAAUCCCAAACGAACUGUUUCAGCACUGGUCUAAGUUUCUGAACAAUUUAAAACAAAUGGGUCAAAUUAAAAUAGAUAGAUGUGUAAAUUUUAACUUAGUAUCUCAUGUAGAGUUAAUAGGAUAUGCCGAUGCAUCCAUAAAAGCCUUCGGAGGCUGUCUCUACUUAAGAGUCUUUAUGACUGACGGCUCAGUUAGAGUGAACCUAUUAUGUUCGAAAUCCCGAGUGUCAUCACUGAGCAAAUCUCAUACUAUUCCUCAAUUGGAGCUCUCUGCUGCUCUACUUUUAGCACAAUUGUCAAGUAGAGUCAGUAACAUUUUAAAUGAUCGAGUAUCUCAUAAGGUAUUUCUCUAUAGUGAUUCCCAAAUUGUUUUGUGGUGGAUCAAGACAGAAGCAGCAAAGAGUACUGUAUAUGUAAAAAAUAGAGUCAAGCAAAUUGUAGAGCUUACUGAAAAAUCACAGUGGUUAUAUGUUAGAUCAAAAGAUAAUCCUGCUGAUCUUUUAUCAAGGGGAAUUGAACCUCACAGGCUGCAGGAGUGUCAUCUGUGGUGGCAUGGUUCACCUAGUCUUAGUGAUGUGAGUUAUUCACAUACAAAUUCAGAAGAAUUUAAUUAUGAAAAUAUUGAAAAUAUUAUGCCUUUUACAGACUCGCAUGAGACAGUCAGUGCACCUUCUGAAAAUGUAAAGGGAAUCUUGUGCCAUGCUACAAAUGUAGAGCCCCUAGAUUUAUUAAACAAAUAUUCUAAUAUAAAUAAACUUCAAAGGGUGGUAGCUAUUAUUUAUAGAUUUUAUAAUAACUGCUUGAACAAAAAUAAUAAAAUAACAAGCAGCUACUUAACUGCAAAUGAAUUGCGUGACUCUAUGUUGAAAAUUGUACGUUGUACUCAGGUAGAGCAUUUAAGUAAAGAAUUAGUCUUGCUCUCCAAAAAUAAGCCUGUGACAAUUAGCGAUCAAAUAGUAUUUUUAGAUAAAUACAAUGUCAUUAGGGCUGUGGGAAGACUGCAAAAUGCAGACAACUUGCCUUAUGACAAGCGGCAUCCUGCAAUACUUCCAAAAAGCUCCUUUAUUACCAAACUUAUUAUAGAACGGGAGCACUUAAGACUUUUGCAUGGAGGUGCUAGACAAGUGUUAGGCUCUCUAUCUCAGAGGUAUCAUCUCGUGAAUGGUAUACGAGAAGUAAAAAAGGUCGUACAUAAAUGUAUGAAAUGCAUACGAAUGAAAGCUGAAGCAGCAAAGCAGUUGAUGGGAGACCUUCCUAAAGAAAGAAUCACACAAAGCAGACCCUUUCAGCAUGUAGGAAUCGAUUUCUGCGGCCCCUUUAACGUAAAGGUGUCUCGCAUCAGGAAGCCUGUUAUCACUAAAGGCUAUAUCGCGCUUUUUGUUUGCUUUGCUGUAAAAGCGAUACACUUAGAACUUGUUUCUGAUCUCACGACCGAAACUUUCUUAGCAUGUCUUAAUCGUUUUAUUUCUCGGCGUGGCAUGCCCACAAAUAUUUAUUGUGACAAUGCAAAAACCUUUAAAGGUGCUUGUAAUACAUUAAACAAAUUGUAUGACCUAUUUUCCUCCAAACAUUGUAGAGACUCUGUUAACGAAUUCUGUUCAGAUAGGUACAUAACAUUCAAUUGGAUACCGAGUUACUCACCAACGUUCGGAGGAAUUUGGGAAUGUGGGGUGAAAGGUUUCAAACAUCACUUUAAAAGAAUAGUAGGCAAUUUGUGCCUGACCUACGAACAACUUAAUACUGUAAUCAUAGAAAUUGAAGGCAUUAUGAAUAGUAGACCUUUACUCUCUGCUAUCUCUAAUGAUUGUGAAUAUAUUACCCCUGGACACUUCAUUUGUGGCACAGCUUUGACGAGUUAUCCUGAAAUUGAUCUCACUGAAACUUCAGUAAAUAGAGUUUCAUUUUGGAAAAUGUGUACCAAGCUUAAGCAAGAUUUCUGGAAAACCUGGUCUCAAACUUAUUUAACUCAGCUCCAAAGCCGCCCCAAAUGGAAAUACCAGCAAACCAAUUUAAAAGAAGGUGAUUUGGUAAUUGUAAAAGAUAUAAACACCUCUCCAUUAAAUUGGCCAAUGGCUCGCAUAGUAAAAACUUUCCCUGGUAGGGACGGAUUAGUAAGAGUAGCUGAUGUUAAAAUCAAUAAUAAAAUAUUCCGUAGAGCCAUUACCAAAUUAUGUCCUUUACCUGUGAUGUAGAGCUCAUAUAUUUUCUUAUAUUUAGAUUUAAUUGGCGGGUCCAACCUUUACUGUAAUGUAAUACUGCCUGGCCCCAACUAUGUUUAAUACAAAACAUAUAAAGUGUAAGCUUAGCUUAAGUAUUUUUAGUUGUAGCAACAUAAUUUGUAGUUGCCUUAUGUUUGCAUCUGGCAACUCUCUCUCUUCUUCCGCGAUCCAACCCGACGACAUUGUACGCGACCACUUAGUGUAACUUUAAUUGUUUAAAAAGUUAAUAAAACGUAAUUUAAA